UUCAGUGUACAGAGUCAGGCGGCUUCAGCGGAGACGCGUCGGGAAGUGAAGAAGCGAGCGGCUAGGGCGCACAGGGACACCUGGUCAUGUCAGAUAACGGGAGCACGGAGGCGCCGACCGCUCCGAGUCUCGGCAACAGAGUGACCGUUGUGCUGGGAGCUCAGUGGGGCGACGAAGGCAAGGGCAAAGUGGUGGACCUGCUGGCCCAGGACGCCGACAUGGUCUGCAGAUGUCAGGGAGGGAACAAUGCAGGACACACUGUUGUGGUGGACUCUGUGGAGUAUGACUUUCACCUUUUACCUAGUGGCAUUAUCAACCCUAAUGUCACAGCGUUUAUUGGUAAUGGCGUAGUCAUUCACCUUCCUGGGCUCUUUGAGGAAGCUGAGAAAAAUGCACGCAAGGGUAAAGGUCUGGAGGGUUGGGAGAAGCGGCUCAUAAUUUCCGACCGCGCCCAUAUCGUGUUUGAUUUCCAUCAAGCUGUGGAUGGAGUUCAAGAACAGGAGAGGCAGCAGCAAGCUGGCAAAAACUUAGGAACGACAAAGAAGGGAAUCGGCCCUGUGUACUCGGCGAAGGCUGCCAGGAGUGGCCUCAGAAUAUGUGACCUUUUGUCUGACUUCGAGCAAUUCUCAGAGAAGUAUAAAAACUUGGCCUCACAGUACAAGUCCAUGUACCCAUCAUUGGAAAUAGAUAUUGAUGGUGAGCUGGAAAAACUCAAGGCAUAUGUGGAACGAAUAAAACCCAUGGUAAGAGACGGAGUGUUCUUCAUGUACGAGGCUCUGCACGGUGCACCUAAAAAGAUACUGGUGGAAGGUGCCAACGCUGCUUUACUGGACAUUGACUUCGGAACAUACCCUUUUGUAACCUCAUCCAACUGUACUGUGGGUGGGGUGUGUACGGGUCUGGGCAUGCCACCUCAGAAUGUAGGGGAGGUCUAUGGCGUUGUCAAGGCCUACACGACCCGAGUGGGAAUCGGUGCCUUCCCAUCCGAACAGAAUAAUGAAAUCGGGGAGCUGCUUCAGACAAGAGGGAAGGAGGUGGGCGUGACCACAGGCCGUAAGAGGAGAUGCGGUUGGUUAGAUCUAGUGCUUAUCAAAUAUGCCCACAUGAUAAAUGGCUUCACUGCCUUGGCUCUAACCAAAUUAGAUAUCUUGGACGUCUUUCCCGAAAUCAAAGUUAGUGUGGGUUAUACGGUGGACAACGAAGUCAUACCAUAUUUCCCAGCAAAUCAGGAGGUGUUACAUAAGGUUGAGGUACAGUAUGAGACUUUGCCUGGUUGGAACAGCAACACCUCUGGUGCUAGGACCUUUGAGGAGCUUCCUGAAAAUGCGCAGAAAUACGUUCGCUUCAUUGAGGAGUACCUUAAGGUGCCUGUGAAAUGGAUCGGUGUCGGCAAGUCAAGAGAGUCAAUGAUCCAGCUUUUUUAAGGUACAGUUUGGCUGUGUGCUGCUAUCCAAGCCCGCUGACUCAGCAAAGUGCUCUGGGCCUGUCAGUGGACUUGGGGUGUCAGUGAAAGCACCCAGCCUCUCACCUCUCUAUUCACUGCAGUUUCUCAAAAACAAAUAACAACAUGGAAUCAAGAACCUUCAUCAUUUUCAUACGUUUCUUUGGAGGUCACUGUAGGACACCACAGUGAAAAGUCUUUCGGGCUUUAGGGAACAAACUCUCUAAUCUCUCUCAUUUUCAAGUAGGAUUUCUGAAAUGAACCUUUAUCUGUCCUUCUGGGUCCCCCUCUGUCUUUUGUUCAUGUUUAGUUAGCUUUUAAUGAACAUUCACAUUUUUCGAACGAGCCUAUAUGCAGUGUUUGUGAUUAAUAGAGAUAAUAUAGAUUCAGAUGCUAACUGUAGGCCCUGAUUUAUACUAGCAUACUUAAUUUAUUUCUGGAUUAAAUGUCUCAAAGAGACUAACUUUGAUUGUUUUUAACAGAGAUUUGAACAUUUUCUCAAUCAAAUGCUGAGUAAUUUAAAAAUCAUUCUAUUGUGCCACUGGACAGUUAGCAGCAUUUCAGUCUGGCCUCACUUUUAAAUCCCUGUUGGCGGCUUGUCUUUGCCUAUUUUCAUGAUUCCCAUUCAAACUGCAGUGUAAAUGACACAUUUUCUUGGUGAAACAAAUUUGUCAUUAUUCACAUAUGGUUGACGGAGUGUAUGUCCUAAUUGUCUUUGCACUGAUGUGUACUUACUGCUCAUGUAUUUAAUUUGAAGCUACUCACUCCAUCUGUAUCUAUCUAUCUAUCUAUCUAUCUAUCUAUCUAUCUAUCUAUCUAUCUAUCUAUCUAUCUAUCUAUCUAUCUUUCUAUGGUGUUAUGCCAACAUAAACCCGUUUGUGCAGAGUGUAAGCAUGGAAACGUAAAACCUACUUACUCAUUUCUAACUUUAAACUUGUAGUGUUGCACAUUUUUACCACAGCAGACAGGUUUGUCAGUUUGUUGGCACUUGUCAGGCCGACUUCACUCAUGACUUGAAUGUAUUUUUAAUACUGAGACACACUUAGUUCAACUCUCAGGAUUUUAUGGUGGUCAUAACUGUAUAUUUUAAUUCUGAUCUGUCGUUUGUUGAAUGGUUUGUCUCUUGUCUCUUUUUUGGGUGUGUAAGUAAAUAUUUAACAAAUUGU